AUGGCCUCAGCUCUUGAAGCCAUUAAAUAUGACCGAGGCCGGCUUUUUAUCAUCGAUCAGCUCCAACUGCCACAUGUUACAAAAUUUAUCCCUAUUGAUUCAUCCGAAGCUGGCUGGCAUGCCAUCAAAGCCAUGCAGGUCAGGGGGGCUCCGGCCAUUGCAAUUGUUGCGGUUCUCUCGCUUGCGGUUGAAAUGCUGAAUCUAGUAUCUGAGAAUAUGAUACCUGAAGAUGGUGAAGAUGUGAGGGCCUACAUUGAACAAAAGAUGGAUUAUCUUGUCUCAAGCCGGCCAACUGCUGUCAAUUUGAGCGACAGCGCCCAAAAGAUUAAGCUACUUCUGGAUCAAAGGGCUAGAAAGUCAGGUCUAUCCGGGGUUGAAACGGCUAUGGCCUUUAUACAGCAUGCGGAACAAAUGCUAGCCCGGGAUCUUGCAGACAACCACUCAAUUGGUGAAUAUGGUGCUACCUGGAUACUUAAGAACACUCGAGCGGCACUUGAAGGCGGCAAUACCUGUGUAUUAACACACUGCAAUACAGGGUCUCUUGCAACUGCAGGCUACGGUACCGCCCUGGGUAUUAUCCGCCGCCUUCAUGAACAUGGUAGAUUGUCUCGCGCCUAUUGCACAGAAACUCGGCCCUAUAACCAAGGAGCAAGGCUAACCGCCUAUGAGCUCGUCAGUGAUAAAAUCCCUGCUACUUUGAUUACGGAUUCGAUGGCUGGGCAGCUUUUGGCAAACCCGGACAAAAAGAUCGCCGCAAUUGUGGUUGGCGCCGACCGCGUUGCAGCCAACGGCGAUACAGCAAACAAGAUUGGAACCUAUACAUUGGCAGUGCUAGCAAAGUUUCAUAAUAUCAAAUUUGUGGUGGCAGCGCCUCGGACGACUAUCGACAUGAAAACCAAGACUGGAAAUGAAAUCAUUAUUGAAGAACGUCAGUCUUCCGAAGUCACCAAAAUCCGAGGCCCAUGUGAGGGGGAUGGCGACCAUAGAGAAGCGGUAAUGGAGACAAUCAAAAUUGCGGCAGAUGGAAUUGAUGUGUGGAAUCCUGCAUUUGAUGUGACCCCGGCAGCUUUAAUUGAUGCCAUUGUAACUGAAGUGGGAGUUGAAACCAAGGAUUCCAGUGGCCAGUUUCACCUGAGCUCAUUAUUUGAAUCAAUGGCAUAG